AUGGCCUGCCGAACGGCGGCGGCGGAGGAGGCGGCGCGGGGGAGUUCCAGCGCCGGGAAGGUCGAGGACCUCCGCUGGGGUGCUGUUGCACCAGGGCCGCCGGGCACUCGACCGGCCGCCGCCGCCGCCGCUGCAGCAGCAGAAGCAGCAGCAGCAGCUACAACACAGUGUUACGUCUCUCCGAACUUUGGUCCACGUCUCGCCGGCGCCGCCGCGGCCCCGGGGAAGGUCAUCCGCAGCGCAGCCCAGCGCAGCGCAGCGCACCGCGGCGCGGCGCGCUUGAGGUGUCCGGGCGGCGCCGCGGCCGCGCGCUCAUCCCCUGCCUGGCCGGCGUGAAGGAUCUGGGCUGCCCGCGGCAAGCUGUCGCUACAGGU